AUGCAAGACGCAAAUUCAUCAGAAAACACCCACGGAUCAUAUGAAAAGGCUGAUCCCUAUAAAUACAGAUGCAUCAUGUACAUGCAUUUAGCAAAUUAUGGGGCGACCCAGAUUUCAUUGGUGGUUGGCAUGAGUCUGUCAACUAUCAAGUGCAUCAUUAAGAGAGUGGACAAGACAGGAUCGCCCGAGCCAAGAAAAGGGUCCGGACGACCUAGAAAGAUUGACGAGAGGACAGAAAAACACCUUGUUCAAAUAUUUUUUGAUCACAACAAAAAACUGUUCAAGAAACGUGUCUAUAUAUUCUUGUUUUUGAGAGAUUAUAACUUUUAUAAAAUUCAUCUCGGCAAACUCAAAGAUUGCUCUUGUACUCCACUAUUACAGGUGUUCUUAGGUGCUUUUGUCUUCAAGUAUCAUGAGCAAUGUGGACUCCAAGAUCCUAUCUUUAUCUUAGAAUAG